GAUUCAAAAAAACGGAAACGAGGACAUUGCCCCACCAUAGUCUCGAAGCGACGACAAGCGUUGCGGCGUCCUGUUCAGUAUCACGCAGUGCCAUAGGUACGACAGAAACAGGCAGAAAUUAACUCACACUCGUCUAAUGAUGGUUACUUCUGGGGUUCUGUCACCAGAAGUGCUUCGUGAACUCUGCAGCAAAUUUUAUGCAGACUCUCGAAAUGUUCUGGCACAAAAUGUCUGUACUAAGGUUGAUCCUCUGGAUGCCUGCCUGUCUCGAAAGACCCUAGAAAAUACUCAACAUGCAUUUACACAUAAGGUAGAAUCUGAAGGCAAACCAAUAACCAAUCAGAAGAACUCAGGACGAUGCUGGAUCUUUGCAACAUUAAAUGUAAUAAGAAUACCCUUCAUGAAGAAUCACAAUUUGGACGAGUUCGAAUUUAGUCAAACUUAUUUAUUCUUCUGGGAUAAGAUUGAACGAUGUAACUACUUUUUACAAAAUAUCGUGAAAACUGCAGAACGCGGUGAAUCUAUAGAAGGUCGUUUAGUUUCAUUUCUAUUGAACGAUCCAGUAUGCGAUGGCGGCCAAUGGGACAUGAUCGUCAACCUUAUUAAUCGUUACGGUCUGGUACCAAAGACAUGCUUUCCGGAAUCAUUCAGUUCUGAAUCGAGCGGCCGCAUGAAUGGUCUGCUUAAAAGUAAACUUCGGGAUUACGCCAAGGUUCUUCGUGAUUUAGUAGCUCACGGGGCAUCCACUGAAAAGAUCGAAGCCCAAAUAGUCGAGCAAAUGACUGUUAUCUUCAGAAUUGUUGGUAUUUGUUUGGGCAUACCAUCAGAAACCAUCACAUGGGACUAUUAUGACAAAACCAAGACUUUCAACAGCAUUGGUCCCAUUACGCCUGUUGAAUUCUACACAAAAUAUGUAAAGCCCUAUUACAAUGUGGACGACAAAGUAUGCUUGGUCACAGAUCCGAGACCUUCAAAUCCUUAUGGAAAAGCAUACACGGUCGAUUGCCUGGGAAACGUAGUCGGCGGCCGACCGACACUGUACAACAAUCAGCCACCAGAUUUAUUGAUGAAGUUGUGCGCAGAAAGUAUUAAGCAAAAUGAAGCAGUUUGGUUCGGUUGCGACGUGAGCAAACGAUUCGCUUCAAAACAAGGUAUUCAAGAUCUGAAUGCGCACGAUUUCAAGUUGAUGUUUGGCACUGAUGUACAAGUUGUUCUCAACAAAGCUGACCGGCUUCUCUAUGGUCAAUCGACGAUGACUCAUGCGAUGACAUUUACGGCAGUUUCCACGGAUAGUGAUGGAAAAGUUAAGAACUUCCGAGUGGAAAACUCAUGGGGCGAUGAUCAUGGUCAGAAGGGAUACAAUAUUUUAACGGCUGAAUGGUUCUUAGAAUUUGUUUUCGAGGCUGUAGUCGACCAAAAGUUUGUGCCGGCUGAUGUGCUGGCCGUGUUCAAUCAGGAUCCUAUAGUCUUGCCAGCAUGGGAUCCCAUGGGUAACCUCGCCCGCUGAUAACCAUUUGGUCUUAAAUACUCAAUAAAUUUAGUUUUCUAGAUAAUGGAUAAAAUCUAUUAUUGAGAAGUACCUAAAUAAAACUGAGUGCAGCGGUAUAAUGAGAAAGAUGCACGACGAUAGAGAGAGAGAAAGAUCGAUGGAAAUUUGCAGUUAAAUAAAGUAAAUGUACUAGUAAUUGUGCAGCAAUAUGUAAAUGUAGUAUAUCAGUAUACAUUUUUUAUUUUGUAUAACUCGACAGCAAAUUCUCGGAAACACUGUUUGCAAUACUUCUUCCAAUAUAUACCACUGCGCACAGGUUUGCAGCAUACCUAACAAAACGGGUCAAUCGACAAAGUUAUAAAUUAUUAUCAGGUAGCAAGUAUACAAAACCAAAUAAUGAAGUCAAAAUUAAUGCUAAUAUCUCUACACCUUACGAAUUAUCUUUAUUAUUUUCCUAAUUUCCUAAAUAUUAUGAAAAAACGAUAAAGAGUAUUGAUUUUUUAUAUGUGGAGCACCCAUUUACAAUAGGAUAUUUAAUUUGUGUGCUCGCUCAAUCCAAAAUAGAUCAUCAAUGUAUUAUGAGGCGUAUCAUUGUCGUAAAAUAUAUUAAAAUCACAAUUCGAACGAAAAACGCAUUUUAGAAUUUAUAUAGAUAGUAUAGAUGUGUACGCCAUACGAAAAACGAAACAACGUUAUAUUGAUUGGAAAAAUUGUCAGACUUGUCUUAUUUACAAGUGAUGAUAUUAAUUUACUAAUUGCUUACAAAAAGGAAACCAAAUAAUGUAGCGAGAUUUAACAAUAAUGAUUCCUAAUACCAUAAUAUAUAAUAUAUAGAUUCGUACGUAUAUUAUAUAUUGACAUCGUUGCAGUGCUUUUUGAUUUGUCAAGUCAAAAGUUUCUAAGAAGUCAUGCUGGCAUCAUUUAAUAUACUUAUCCAUUAUUUUGAAUAUAUACAACUUGUUUAUAUCUUUGUGAAAAAUUGAGGAAUAAAUCUUUUUUAUAAUUCGA